AGGAAUCAUUUAAUAUAAAAUUAAUAAUUUCAAAUACCAGAAACAAAUUUGUGUUAGGAAUGAGAAAAGUUAUAAGCCAUUAGUGAUAAUUUUGAGAUACCUAGAUUACCUAGGUAGCUAGACAACUCACUAAUUAUAAAAAGUUUUUUUAUGUAAUGAAUGCUAAUUAAGUGACUCUUAAAGAAUUUUGAAAGAAAUUUAAUACCUUUGAAUGUGUUAAGUUAGUUGUAAAAUCUAUCCAUAAAAGUACUAAGCUUGGCAUGGAAAAACUUGAUGCCUGAAAUUAUUCAUGAAAAUAAUGUAGUGGUAGAUGAAGCUUAAGAAAUUGAAAAUGAAGUUGGGUGCAUUUCUUGGCUUAGAUGUAGAACUUGAUGAUAUAAAUGACUUAUGUAAUGAUGAACUUUCUAAAUAAGAUUUAAAAACUUAAAUUUUAAUUGUUGAUUGAAAUUUCGACGUUUGACUUGUCCAAUUAGUAAUUAAUUGUCAAUAUUUGGUAUAAAUUUGUUUUCUGUUUGGAAAAAUGGCUGAUGAUAAACCAAAGAAUGUGUAUCUUCACAUAAAACCUCUUGGCCGUAGAUUUGUUAUAUAUGAAGAAGUACCUGUUUAUAGAUAUGUUGCCAUUUUUUUCGGCGAAUUUACAGGAACGUUUAUUUUAAUGUCCCUUUCAAGUAUGGCAGAUGCUUCUAUGUGUACUCUACUUGAGAUAGCUUUCUCCGUUGGUUUAUCAAUAUUAAUUUCUGUGGAGUGCGUCGCUCAUAUUUCUGGAUCUCACAUAAACCCAGCGGUUUCUUUGGGUUCUUUUUUGUUGGGUUAUCUCUCGUUGUUACAUUUUUUUAUAUAUCUAAUAGCGCAAUGUCUUGGUAGUAUAGCUGGACAUGCACUGGCUUUGCUGGUUGUAUCGCAAGAAAUGAUAGAUGCCUUUUAUGAAGAAAAAAGUGCUGGUAUUUUUACUCUGGUUAAAGGUAAAAAUUGUGAAGAUUGGCAAGUGUGUCUUAUCGAGUUUGUCUUGACCUUACUCAUAGUUAUUGUGUGUGCUUCUGUUUGGGAUUGGAGAAAUAGGAAAAUUGAUUCUCUUGGUAUUCGAUUUGGGUUUUUAAUUGUUGUUUUAGUUCUUGCAGGGGCAGCGAUUUCUGGGGCGGGGUUAAACCCAGCUAGAGCAAUAGGUCCAGCUAUAAAUAAUCAUGAAUUUCUAAGUUAUCAUUGGGUAUAUUACGUUGGACCUUUUCUUGCUGGGAUCGUUGGAGGUAUGCUUUAUAGAUUAGUUUUUCAGACUCCAGAACCUGGAGUUGAAGACGUGGAAGCUGUUUAACACAAAAAUAUUUUUUUUAACAUUGACUGUUAUUUCUGAAAUGUUCCUUUAAAAGAUUUUCAUUAA